AUGCUGGCGACUUCUACGCUGUGCAGCAACAGUCGAAUCAAUGCCACCCUAGGCGAUUUUCCGGCCGUGAAUCCAGAGGGCGCCCGCGACUGGCCGUACAUCGACGACGAGGAGGACAAUGACAAAGAACAGAGAGAGAUACAGAAAGCUGUUGCCCCAUCAGUCAAUCAGUCAUUCGGUGGGUCAGACACACCAACGACGGAGACAGGCGACGACGAGCGGCAUCUUCAGAGCAGACGCGCAUGCAUGCUAACAAGUACAGCAUUAUUUGGUAGGUCCACAUUUGGUCGAGUCAGGUUGGGUUGGUCGCCGUCGACCGGAUGGAGGGAACAUCUGACGGUCGACGCUGACGGUCACCAGUUGUCGUAA